CGAAUGCGUUCUUUUUCCGGCUAACUUCGGUCGCUGUCGAACACAUCGCGGUACGAGCAGCGUAGUUUUCCCCUUUUUAAACCACAAUGGUCAAUCUACGUCAACGAAAGAAGACCAGGAAGCUACGUGGCCAUGUCAGCCACGGACACGGUCGUAUCGGUAAGCACCGCAAGCAUCCCGGUGGUCGCGGUAACGCUGGUGGCAUGCACCAUCACCGUAUCAACUACGACAAAUACCAUCCCGGUUACUUCGGCAAGGUCGGUAUGAGGAACUUCCACCUUAACCGGAAUCACAAGUACUGCCCGACGCUGAACCUGACCAAGCUGUGGUCCCUGGUCGGUGAGGAUAAGCGCAUUGAGUGCAAGAAGGACGCCACUAAAGUACCCGUCGUCGAUUUGGUCAAAUUCGGCUACUUCAAACUGCUCGGAACCGGUCACAUCCCCAAGCAGCCGAUUAUCGUUAAGGCUAAGUUCUUCUCCCGCAGCGCCGAGGAAAAGAUCAAGAUGGCUGGCGGUGCCUGCAUCCUGAGGGCGUAAUCAAUCAAUGCGAUUGAUAACAAUAACUGUAUCAACCACAUUCUUUUAAGUUUAAAACCAUGGAAAAAAUAAUAGAUACAAACAAAUAUGGUUUUUCGCCAAA